AUGAUGAUGCUCGAGCUGAUCCUGGCGAUCUCGUGCGCCCUCCAGAGUCUCCCACGCUUUGCGGGGGCUGAGCUCGCAGCACCAGGGGACAGCUCCCCCCAUAUCACGUUGCGGGAAAGCAACCUUACUGAGCUCGCCGACGAGGGACUCAGAAUCCCGAUUGGCACGGCAGACAUCAAGUGUCUGCCCGCCGCCAUCGAGGAAUUCCCUCGGCCCAUAGUCAAUGCGGAGAUGCGCGCGCGGGGCGGCAUCUUAGUCCACAUCACGAUUGCUCUUUGCAUCAUACUGAUCAUUUCAGUCGCAUGCAAAGAGUAUUUCGUGCCAGCUCUCCAGCAAUCGAUCGACUAUCUGAGGAUCGAUCCAGACGUUGCUGGAGGGACUUUCAUGGCCGCGGCGAGCUCAAUCCCCGCACUCGUGACGUCGGUCAUCGGAGUGAACGUCGUGGAGAACGACCUGGGUCUGUCCACGGCUCUGGGAACAGGAGUCUUGAACGGAGCCGGAGUACUCGCGGCUUGCGCCUUACUGGCGCACCGCUCCGUGGUACUGCAUGCGUGGCCCCUGUUCAGGUCUUCGUUCUUCUUCCUCCUGGGCAUGGUCGUCGUCAUGUUUUCGCUGACGGACGGCGAAAUCAGCUGGAUCGAGGCGAGCCUAUGCCUCGCGGCUUACGCACUCUACGUCCUUGCAAUGGUUUUCAACAAAACGCUUGAGAGCUGUUUCAAGACGUGGACUGGGAUCCAGGACUCGGAAGACAAGGCCCAGGACGGAGGCGAGACGGCGACAGGGGACAUCAGCUUCCAGCAAACGGCUGUCGAGAUGCUGGCGCUGAACGAGAUAGUCGUCUCGGAGCUAGCCACCAGCGUCCCGAAGGAGCUUGAAGUCGCCAUGGGGGCUCCCGCCAGGAAUAAGACCCCUGCCGACUCCAUGCACGUGGCUGAAGCGCCAGCGUGGGAGGACCUCAGCUUACCGCAGAAAUUCUCCCGCGCGGUAGAGACGCCUGUCUCUUAUAUUCUGUCGUGCCUGAUCCCGGAUUGCAAGAAGCCAGGCAGCGAAAAAUUCUUCGCGCUGACCUUCUUGCUUUCCGGGGCUUCGAUCGCCUGCUCUUCGUAUGCUCUCGUCUGGAUGAUGGCGAUCAUCGGGUUCACGAUCGGAAUUCCGGACAGCGUCCUGGGAUUGACCUUGAUGUCCAUGUCGGUCACCCUACCAGACGUCAUGGCCGCCGUUCUCCUAGUCCGGGAGGGCUUCGGAGACAUGGUGGUCUGCUAUGUCUUGGGGGCCAACAUCUUCGAGGUUCUCAUUGGUCUAGGGCUGCCCUGGUUCCUCCAGACGACCCUCAUCAAACCAGGAGUCCCCAUCGUGCUCCAGAGUUCCGGUUUGGUAUAUUCCACUGGGUGCGUCUUGUUCACCGUGGUCUUGGUGCCAACCUUGACCUGCGCUACCCGGGGAAGGAUGAACAAGACUUUUGGUGUGAUACUACUGCUGUGGUAUAUCACAUUCAUGGUCUCUUCAUGCCUGUACCAAAUGAACUUCUUCACGGACAUUAACCCACCUUCGUGCGGGAGUUCGUACUGA